GAAAUAAGAUCGGGGAUCGAUUCUGAAGCCGCCCCAGUCAUUUACAAAAGUCAUCUUCGCCUUCCACUUAUUUUUUUCUCUUUGUUUCUCUCCUCCUCCUCCUCCUCCUCCUUUGCAAAUCCGUUCCCAAAUCUAAAGGCUAGAGGAGGAUCUGUCGGUUUUCUCUUCGGUUUCGUGAUGGCCUCCAAGCGGAUCUUGAAGGAACUCAAGGAUUUGCAGAAGGAUCCUCCCACAUCCUGCAGCGCCGGUCCAGUUGCUGAAGACAUGUUUCAUUGGCAAGCAACAAUUAUGGGCCCUCCAGACAGUCCUUAUGCUGGAGGUGUUUUCCUAGUUACCAUUCAUUUUCCUCCAGAUUAUCCCUUCAAGCCACCAAAGGUUGCAUUUAGGACGAAGGUAUUCCACCCGAAUAUCAAUAGCAAUGGAAGCAUUUGCCUUGACAUACUAAAGGAGCAGUGGAGCCCUGCUCUGACCAUUUCGAAGGUGUUGCUCUCAAUCUGUUCCCUUUUGACGGACCCAAAUCCUGAUGAUCCUUUGGUCCCUGAAAUCGCCCACAUGUACAAGACAGACCGGAACAAGUAUGAGACAACUGCAAGAAGCUGGACUCAGAAAUACGCCAUGGGCUAAGACACCCGUGAGAUGAUGUGUGAGGGAGAUGCCCUUUAUUUUUCAGUGUUUAGGCCUAGCAGCCGGGUGUAACGUGUAAUGAAAACUUCAUGUCUUCAAUCUUGAAUUGAUUAUGGCGCCUCCAGUUAAAGAUGUGGAUGGGGCAUAACAUUUUUUUUCUACUGGUGUAUUGCAAUUUACAAACCUUGCUUUCUAUGACACUCAUGUGGGGCCUAAUGAAAGCGUAUGACUAAAUUCCUAA